AUGAAUGAAACUAAAGCUUGGGAGGUGGAUACACUGCGAGGCCAUAUGAAUAACGUUUCAUCAGUCAUGUUCCAUGCAAAACAGGACAUAAUUGUAUCAAACUCCGAGGAUAAGAGCAUCCGUGUCUGGGAUGCUACCAAGCGAACUGGAAUUCAGACUUUCCGUCGUGAACAUGAUCGGUUCUGGAUUCUUGCAGUUCACCCUGAGAUUAAUUUGCUAGCAGCAGGGCAUGACAACGGUAUGAUCGUGUUCAAACUUGAGAGAGAACGUCCUGCGUUUGCUUUAAGUGGUGAUUCUUUGUUCUAUUGCAAGGAUAGAUUUUUGAGGUUUUACGAGUAUUCAACUCAAAAAGAUUCCCAAGUUAUCCCUAUUCGGCGUCCUGGACGCAAAGAGGGGACAGGUGGUUCUGCGGUAUUCAUUGCCCGUAACCGGUUUGCUGUUCUAGAGAAAAGCACCAGCCAAGUUCUAGUCAAGAAUCUAAAGAAUGAGAUGGUUAAAAAGAGUGCUCUGCCUAUUCCCACAGAUGCUAUCUUUUACGCUGGGACUGGAAAUUUGCUUUGUAGAUCUGAGGAUAAAGUGGUUAUAUUUGACCUUCAACAAAGGCUUGUUCUUGGUGAACUUCAGACACCGUUUGUUAGUGGAGCUUGGGACGACAAUGGUGUCUUCAUUUACACGACUUUGAACCACAUCAAGUACUGUCUUCCUAAUGGGGAUAGUGGAAUCAUCCGAACCCUGGAUGUCCCUAUCUAUAUCACCAAGGCUAUGAUUGCUUACCUGCAGCAGAAAGGAUUCCCUGAAGUUGCUCUCCAUUUUGUCGAAGACGAGAGGAUCCGAUUCAACCUGGCUCUUGAAAGUGGCAACAUUGGUGUAGCUGUUGCAUCCGCGACGCAGAUUAACGAGAAAGACCUCUGGUACAGGCUUGGGGUGGAGGCUCUUCGCCAAGGCAAUUCUGGAAUUGUUGAGUUUGCAUACCAGCAGACAAAGAACUUUGAGAGGUUGUCAUUUCUGUAUCUCAUUACUGGCAAUUUGGACAAGCUUUCAAAGUUGAUGAAGAUUGCAGAAGUGAAGAACAACGUGAUGGGUCAGUUCCAUAAUGCUUUGUACCUAGGAGAUGUCAAAGAGCGUGUUAAAAUACUCGAGAAUGCUGGUCAUCUGCCUCUAGCUUAUAUCACAGCUUCGGUUCAUGGUUUGACUGACGUUGCUGAGCGUCUGGCGGCUGAGCUAGGAGACAACGUGCCCACUUUGCCUGAAGAGAAAACUCCAUCGCUUCUGAUGCCACCGUCUCCUGUCAUGUGUGGUGGUGAUUGGCCUCUUCUUAGAGUCUCAAAGGAAUAUUUGAAGGAGGACUUGAGAGUGCAGCCAGAGGAGGUGCUGUUGAUGAAGAAGAAGAUGUGA